AGGUGAUAGUCGUGAAGUGUGAAGCAUCAGAUGACAGACGUGAACUGGGACAGACUACAACAUGCCGUCCUUAGCAGAACAAAAGGAAAAAAUCAACAGCCAGAUACAAGAACUCCGGAAAAAAAUUCAGCUUUCAGAAGGAGAGAGUAAGGCCUUCUACGAGGAGAGUGAGGGCGAGAAGAGAGUAAAUAAGGCAGCCAUUACAGCACUAAGAACAGAGAUUAAAUUACUACACGUCAAGAUUGAAGAGUCAAACCAGGGGAGUGAGAGGAGUGUUGAGAGAGUUCUCCAGCAACGGCGGCGAGCAGUCAGUGCCCCCGUCAGAGUGAAGAAAGCAGAUGGUACCAUCAGGGCAACAGAGUACAAGCUACAUGACCUUGUCAAACGACUUGACUUCCUCCAACAUACUUCGAAGCAGCGGGAGACUCGGCUGGAGGCGCUGAAGAAACUACUAGGUGAAGCAGUGUCUGAAACUGCGCAAGACGAAGAGAGAACCAUUCAGCAACUACAGCAAGACCUGAUAGGGCUGGAGAACGAGCAGGACCGCGUCGGUGUGAGUGUGAUGGAGGCUGAGGGCGUGAAGAGGAGGUACAAGGCCAUGAUCACGGCGUUGAAGGGGGAAGCUGCGUCCUACAGGACUACCCUGGACAACCUUCAGGCCAGACUCGUCGAGGAGAAAGAAGCUCUAAAGAAUCUCAGAGAUAGCCGCAGGAACGCAGAGAGGACACGAGAUUCCUUAAGAAGUAGGCUUCAUGACGAGGAAGAGUCAGCUUACGAGACCAAGAGAGAGAGGGAGAAGAAACUGUUUGAAUACAGGCGGCGAGCCGAGGAGCGUCGUGUGCAGGACCUGGGCGCCGCAGCUGACCGUCGCCUUUCUCUCAUGAGGACACCCACCAGGAGGGACUCUCCUACCACUGCCCUCACACAAGACACUCAUGAACAGAUUGAAGCAGAGCUUGAGAAGUACCAGCAGGUGUUCACCAAACUCAAGGAAGUGUUGGGUGUAACGAGUGUUGAGGAGGUUGUGGAGAGGCUUACAACACAAGGCAACACCAGGGAACACCUUCGUCAACUUAGAUCAGUCACACUCGAGGAAGUCACCAGGCUGAAGCAGGAGAAGGAACAUAUGCAUGAGGAACUACACAGGGUGAAAUAUGCUACUACUGAAGAUGCUGCUAGGAUGGUUGGUGUUAUAGGCGAGCUCAAGAAAGAAGUUGAAGAAAAGGAAUCAACUCGAGAAGACUUAUCCAGUCGUCUUGAUGGGACCCUGAAGGUGCUGGCAGGUGUUCGGGCGGGUCUAGAACAUGUUGCUGAGAAGCUGGAGACAUCAGAGCAGGAACGACCCCCUAGGGCCGAGUCUCCACUCGAGUACCUCUUGGUACUCAUGGAGUACUGUAAAGAGCGAGCACAGGAUCUUAUGGAAGAAGUCACACCAGCACAGAUUGAACACAAGCUGGCCGAGAUGGCAGAAGAGGAAAAAGAAAAUGGAGGAAUGAUGACAUCACCAGAGAACAUUAGAGUAUCUUUCCCUGGAUCAGGAGCUACAACCAAAGCAGCCCAGCAACAGGUGGAAGAGGGUGGAGACAGUGGAGAAGAGGAAGAGAGUUUGACAAGGAAGUUCAUCAAGAGACAAGCACAGAUGAUUGUAGAAGCAAAAGCCCGCAAGAGAAACCGUCCAGUAUCUACCUUCAAGUCUUAAACUAAGGAAAGUUUAAAAUAUCAAACUAGAGUAUUACUUGUGAAGGUCAUAGAUGUGCAACAUGCAAAACUUUUUACCUGCAUACCUUGAGAUGUAGCAGCUUGUCACAGGUGAGCAAAUCCUACUAGUGUUAGUAGAUUGGUUUACUACCUUGUAAUCUAGCUGCUUCCCCUCGAAGGUUGCUUAAUGGAAAUUAUAACUAGGUGCUAAACCCACAAGAGUCACAGUGCUCUCUUGAUUCAAGGAGUUGGACUAGUCCUCUUUCUUGGAUUGAACCCGUUGCCUCCCAUUACCCAAGUCCUUUAUGACCCCUACAGGGGUUGUGCUUUUCCCUAAAAAUAAUCUGCAGUUGCUAUACCUUGCUCCAAUGUGCAAGUCUCUGGCUUCAUGCCUUUGCUUUAGGCGAAGGGACUGAUCUCAAAAUAAUUCCUCCACUUCUUGUCUUUGGAGACAAGUGGAGGAAUUAUUCUGAGACCAGUCCCUUGGCCUAAAGCAAAAGCCAAGGGAAUGGAGCAUUUCAGUUGCCUGUAUUUGAAGAAUUAUUAUUAUUAUAAUCAAAAGGAAGUGCUAAACUGCAUUUGAAAAAGCUUGCCACAAGUGCAAUAUUUCAAAGAUUGAUAUACCUGGGUGGUGGAAGUGUCUCAGUCUUUUUUAUACAUUGUAUAUCAAAAGAGGUCAGAGCACAAAAGGAAUGGGGUUUGGUACAAGGGUAGUUCCUUGGAUCAAAAGUCUUUCAGUACCAAGGAACCUUGAAGUAUCUACUGUAUUGAUAGGAGUUAUACAUAAAUGGUGAACUUUAGUUAUCUGAAAAUAGUGUGUACUUCAGGGAUUUUUAAAAUACUAAUUGAGAAUGUUAUCAUGGAUAUAUUAAUGUAUGUAAAUUCGUCAAUGAAAUACACUUUGUAAAUGUGCUCUUUUCAAAUUGGUGCAUUUAAAUUUUUCAGUUUAAUCAUUGUAUACUGUAUACAGUAUUAAUUUAUUCCUUUUCUAUUAUGUAUAGUAUAAGGGAAAGCUAAACUGCAGGGGUCAUGUAAAGCCUGGGGAUUGGGAGGCAAGGGAGAUUCUCUCUAAUACUUUGAAUCAAGGCACUGCCCUUCAAGGAAAUGAAAUGUUACAUUCGUGGGGGAGGGGGGAAUACACACUCGGGUUAUAGUCAGUACCUCGGGGAAUGGGGAAACAAAUCAGGUUUGAUUCAAGAAAAGGGAGGAUAAUACAAUUCCUUGAAUAUAUUCCUCACUGGCAUCAAGACAAGGGGGACCUAUGAGGAUACUAAGCAUAACAAUGUUUCUACAAGAGAUUACCAUACUAAACUUAUGAAAAGGUAUUUUAUUACAGAUGCUUACAUUUAACUCAGCAAGAAAAUAAUAACUUAACAUAGAAAUUUAACUUACUCGAAAUGUGAAAAUUAAUAAACAAGCUCUAAAAUCUUUUAUCAGUGUUUGUUAAUGUGAAUGUCAAAAUUUUUUGUAGUUAACUGAGAUAAUUACAAGUUUAGUCAAAUAAGGUAAAGUAGAAAUUAUUUGAGGUGCUAAACUCACUAGUCAAAAGUUUGAUUCAAGAAAGUAAAUAAAAUUCCAUUGACCAGAAUUUCAUAAGCAUCAAGACACUCAUUAAGGGUGAAAUAAGGAACUGAUUUGCCAUCUUGAAGGGCUGUUCUACCCUUUCUUCCCCCUGCAGCCCAUUUGGAUGCCAUGUCAUUUUUUUGCUGAUUGGACACAACCAUCAUAACCCAGCUAAUCUGUAACUAAUGAUAAUGUCCAACAUGAAAAGUACAUCUAGUGUCAGUCAAGUUAAGAGGGAUUUAAACUUACGUGGGACUUGCAGAAUGUGCAGCUAAAGAUGCUCACCAUAUGGUGAACCAGCUUUAACAAUAAUCACAGGGGUCAAAUUGUUUUGCACAGAGCUUCAAAGCUUCUGCUGAAAACUCAGGAACUAAUUGCCAAUGAACCUAUAAGUACAGUAUAUUAAAAAACUAAACAUGUACAAAUCCUUCAAUGCAGGGCUCACUUAAUAAAAAUAUUCUGCUAGCUACAUGCACAUAAAACCAAUCCACAUGAAUGAAAAUACAAUUUGAAGUAUUGUUUAACCAAAUGAGAAUAACUGUCUGAGCAAUAUGGCAAUACAUAUGUAUAUAUAUCUAUGUACCUUUGCAACCAAAACAUGUACUGUAUUUUAA